AUGGUGUAUCAAGCGAUUCACACGAUAGAAUUUGUCUUGGGUUGUGUGUCACAUACGGCGUCGUAUUUACGACUUUGGGCGUUGUCAUUGGCGCAUGCGCAGUUGUCAGAAGUUUUAUGGAAUAUGGUGUUUCGGCAGUCAUUUACUGUGAGCGGGUAUUUGGGAGCUUUGGCUACAUACCUGUUAUUUUUCGUAUUCGCUUUCCUUUCUUUCUCGAUACUCGUUUUGAUGGAAGGACUUAGCGCAUUUCUACACGCUCUUCGGCUUCACUGGGUGGAAUUUCAAAGCAAGUUUUAUAAAGGUCUUGGUUAUGCUUUUGUUCCAUUUUCCUUUGAAACUAUUUUGGAAGAGGCGCGUGCGGCUGAGGAAACCUUAUGA